AUGGGCGAAUUUUCGAUUGGCCUUCCAGAAAUCGGACAUCAUCUAGGAUUCGUCGUUGUACAUGGGCAGAGAUCCAAGGGAUUUCAGGCUUUAUUACACGGCAUUGCGGCUGCAAAGACCAAGCAUGUAAGUAUAUGAGUAAAUUUAUUUGAUUAAUUUAAAUGGCGUUCCGGAAUUUACAAAACCAUUUUAAAUCGUUUCUUAAAUAUACUGUAGGAAGAAGAUAAAAUUGUGAGGAAAGAACUUGUGAGUCUCAAGGACCAUCUUAGAUCUUCAAAAUUAACAGCUGUAAGUUCAAUGUCGAUACACAACAAAAUGGCAUAUAAACUGGAAAAUAUGAUAGACAUAUUAUUAUUAUUGAUUAUUAUUAUAUGAAUAUUUAUUCAGGAUAAACUCAUCUGAGUAUUAUAGAGCUCCGUUAUCAGUGAGGUUCUGUAUUAAACCUAUUGAGCUAUACUAAUUAAGUUAAAUUACAACUAGAUUAAUUAAGUUAAAUUACAACUAAUUAUAAUUAUAUUAAAACUAAAGAUGAGGUAAUUAAUUGGCCAUUUUGACAUAAUAUGUAAUCAGCCUAUUAUUGCAUGAUAAUCAGCGAGAUGGUCAGUUGUAAGAAGAUUACUAUAACUUUUACAUUCUGACAAAAUUGGGUGGAAUGACAUACAAAUGUGGACAGAUAUAUAUGGAUAGGCAAUCCUAUACUUACUGUAUGUUAUAUUAUAUUGUUAUUUAGAAGCAGAUCAGAGAGUUAUUGAUUCGAUUAAUUUACUGUGAAAUGCUCGGCCAUGAUGCUUCAUUUGGUUAUAUCAACGCGAUCAAAUAUGCGGAACAAUCUGCGCUCUUAGACAAGAAAACUGGUAUGUAA